AUGGCCGUCUCAAAAGCUGGAGUUUUAUCCUUCAUCCUGCCGGUCUUCCUGGCAGGUUUCGUCACCCGUCCUUCGAUCAUUGAAGAUUCAGCUAAGCAGCUCGCUAAUCACGUGCAGAAUGCCAACAUUUCAGCUGAGGUUGUUUCUGAGAAAAUCAACCAAGUCGUCCACAGUUCUGGCUUCAAGUUUCUUCUUGUCUACGGACUUGCUGCCGUGCUGACUUACUUGGCAGUUCAGCUGUACAAGGCGGUGACUGAGCCCUUGGCACUCUACUGCGAUGAGACCAAAUAUACGUAUUUAGUGGACGGCCCAGCCGACGGAAAAUCGGCUGAGGAACGAGUGAGGGAUUUGAAGAGAUGUCGGAAGGUCGGAGACGUUCCCCCUGUCUACCCGAAUGGCUGGAUGUCUAUCCUGAUGUCGUCUGAAUUGAAGAAGAAGGAGCACAAAUUCGUUGCCGUUGCUGGUAAGAACUUGGUGGUAUUCCGAGGAGAAAGUGGGCGGCCCUACGUCGUUGACCCCUACUGUGCUCAUCUAGGCGCCAAUCUGGCCAUAGGUGGCUCAGUACACGGUGAAUGUAUCGAAUGUCCCUUCCAUGGCUGGAGUUACCGGGGAGAAGACGGCAAGUGCGUCCAUAUUGGAUACGCGGAAAAAGGAGGGCUUUCGUUGGUCAGGCCCACUUUACCGACGUCAGCUGGGAGCCACACCCUACCGACAAGCAUGUGGCUGUACUUCAUAGGACCCUGCUUCGCCCAUUUCCACAUGGACAGUCCCCUGCUGGGUGAGCUACAAUUGGUCUUAACCGUCACUCCUGCUGGACCCAUGCGACAGAGGAUUGUGACCACUGGGUAUACCCGGAGAGGACCCAUCUCAUUCUACAUUGGCAAGAAGGCCUUGUAUGAACAGUACUACCAGAUUUGGGGUGACCUUCCGGUGUGGGCCAACAAGAAGUACGUUCGUAACCCCCCGUUUGUGAAGGAGGAUCAUCUGAUAGCGAAACAUCGCCGAUUCUUCGCCCAGUUCUACUCUGAGAACAGCCCCAAGUACGACCCGAAAGAGGAAUCUAUGGAUUGGUAAAAUUACCGUCUAAGGUUAAAAAGAGAGUACAUGUGUAUCUCAAAGCUGUCACUUUUAAUAUUUUGGCUUGGCGAUCUACGAGUAAAGGCUUAAGACUAGAAUUUACUCUUUUUGCGCUUUCUUUUUUAAUUCAUAUGCAAAGAACAUUCAUGUAAUUGCUGUAA